AUGGAGCUCGAGUUGGGACUGAAGCUUGAUAGAGUUGUAGAUGAUUUCUCAUCAACUGAGUUCAAAAUUGUUAAAGAUCGUGCUGGUCCAGUUUUCUUGUCCAGUGAGACAGAUUUCAUGUUUAUCCUCACUGCUCAUCUCAAAGGUUAUAGGAAACAAAACAUAAAGAUGGACAUAAACGAGGACGGGACACUGAUUGCAAUAGCAGGUGAAAAGAAGGUCCAGGAGACUGUAUUUGUGGAUUGGAAAAUGUACAAGAAAGAUACAGAGAUUAAGGGAUUCAAGAAGGUUUUCAGAAUCCCUGAUGAAGUGAUUUUGGACAAAAUUGAGGCAAAUUUUGAUGAAGAUGAAUCCAUUUUAACAAUUUCAAUGCCAAAGAAGGUUAGAGGAAUCCGUGGAACUGCCAUCGAGGAAGUUACGGAUCAGAGUUCCGGCCCUGAAAAUUUGCAAAAUGUGGUUGAAAAAAUUCCUGGAAAUGAUCAAACUGAUCAAAAACUAGAAAUUUCGACCAAAACAGAUGGAGUUCAAUCUGCUGAAGAAACCAAAACGACAGAAGAAUUGAAAAACCAGGUACAUAGAAAUGACAAAGUACAUAAUGAUGCUGAACCAUCGGGUGUAAAGCAGUUGGUAAACAUGGAUCGACAAGAAGAAGAUCGAGUUCAUGAAAAGAUUCAAGAAGAAAACGAAGUGUCUCCUGUAAUAAAACAGGCUGAAGAAUCUGAACCUGUAAAAACAGAGGAUAAGUCUAAUGGAAAAAGAUGCAAUAAAAUGUGUAUUCCUGUUGUUGCAGGAUCAGCUUUGAUUCUGUCAUUUGUAGUAUUUGUUAUUCAAAUGAUUAGAACAAAACAUCAAGAGAGCAAGAAAAGAAAUUGA